GCCUCGGCCCAGAACCCGGGCCUGGGGCCAAUGCUGUCGGCCUUCCAGAACGCUCAGAAUGAGGAGGACAGGCGUAGCGCUGUGAGUGAGCCCCAAGGUCUCGUAUCCAUGGCGCCCGCAAUUGCGGGGACCCUGGCGUGCUGAGGAGUGGGCUCUCUGCGGGCCAGCCCCUCGGGCCCUGGCCGAUGUCAGACCUCCAAGGUCCGGGAGUCUCCUGUGUUGCCAAGGCCGACAGAGCCGGACGUGACGCCGCUGUGGAGGGAGAAGGGAGAGGCGGGGCGGGGCGCGGUGACGUCCUUCCAAGAUGGCGGAGAGAGAGUGAAGAAUCUGUGUUUCCCCCUUGGGUUGCUAUCGAUCAAGGGUAAAAUUCCAUUCUGAAAUCAAAAUGCAGUAUUCGCACCACUGUGAGCACCUUUUAGAGAGACUGAACAAACAACGAGAAGCAGGUUUUCUUUGUGACUGCACCAUAGUGAUUGGGGAAUUCCAGUUUAAAGCUCACAGGAACGUGCUCGCCUCCUUUAGUGAGUAUUUUGGUGCGAUCUACAGAAGCACAUCUGAGAACAAUGUCUUUCUUGAUCAGAGUCAGGUGAAGGCUGAUGGAUUUCAGAAACUGUUGGAGUUUAUAUACACAGGAACUUUAAAUCUCGACAGUUGGAAUGUUAAAGAAAUUCAUCAGGCUGCUGACUAUCUCAAAGUGGAAGAGGUGGUCACUAAAUGUAAAAUAAAGAUGGAAGAUUUUGCUUUUAUUGCUAAUCCCUCUUCUACAGAGAUAUCUAGUAUUACUGGAAACAUUGAAUUGAAUCAACAGACUUGUCUUCUUACUCUACGCGAUUAUAAUAAUCGGGAGAAAUCAGAAAUAUCUACAGAUUUAGCUCAGGCAAAUCCUAAACAAGGGCCUUUAGCAAAGAAAUCAUCUCAAACUAAAAAGAAGAAGGCUUUCAACUCUCAGAAAACAGGACAGAAUAAAACAGUGCAAUAUCCCAGUGACAUUUUAGAGAAUGCAUCAGUUGAAUUAUUCCUAGAUGCAAAUAAGUUAUCCACACCCGUAGUAGAACAAGUUCCACAAAGAAAUGAUAAUUCAGAACUCGAGUUGACGUCAGUUGUGGAAAAUACUUUUCCAACACAAGAUAUUGUGCAAACUGUUGCAGUGAAACGGAAACGUGGAAAAUCACAGACAAAUUGUGCUCUCAAAGAACACUCUAUGUCUAAUAUAGCCAGUGUCAAGAAUCCUUAUGAGCUGGACACCUCUAGGGAAGAACUGGAUCAGAGGUAUUCCAAGGCCAAGCCAAUGUGUAACACGUGUGGGAAAGUGUUUUCAGAAGCCAGCAGCUUGAGAAGGCACAUGAGAAUACAUAAAGGAGUCAAACCUUAUGUCUGCCACUUGUGUGGAAAGGCAUUUACCCAGUGUAACCAGCUGAAAACGCAUGUAAGAACUCACACAGGUGAGAAGCCAUACAAAUGUGAACUGUGUGAUAAAGGAUUUGCUCAAAAAUGCCAGCUAGUCUUCCAUAGUCGCAUGCACCAUGGUGAGGAAAAACCUUAUAAAUGUGAUGUAUGCAAUUUACAAUUUGCAACUUCUAGCAAUCUCAAGAUUCAUGCAAGGAAGCAUAGUGGAGAGAAGCCAUAUGUCUGUGAUAGGUGUGGACAGAGAUUUGCCCAAGCCAGCACACUGACCUAUCAUGUCCGCAGGCAUACUGGAGAAAAGCCUUAUGUGUGUGACACCUGUGGGAAGGCAUUUGCUGUCUCUAGUUCUCUUAUCACUCAUUCUCGAAAACAUACAGGUGAAAAACCAUACAUAUGUGGUAUUUGUGGGAAAAGUUUUAUUUCCUCAGGAGAGCUCAACAAACACUUUCGGUCCCAUACAGGAGAAAGACCAUUUAUCUGUGAAUUAUGUGGAAAUUCUUAUACAGAUAUUAAAAAUUUAAAGAAGCACAAAACGAAAGUUCAUUCUGGUACAGAUAAAACUUUAGAUUCCAAUGUAGAAGAUCAUACUUUGAGUGAGCAAGAUUCCAUACAAAAAAGUCCUUUAUCAGAAACUAUGGAUGUGAAGCCUUCUGAUAUGACUUUACCACUAGCUCUUCCACUUGGGACUGAGGACCAUCACAUGCUUCUGCCUGUCACAGAUAAUCAGUCUCCCACGUCAGAUACAUUGUUGAGGUCAACUGUGAAUGGGUAUUCAGAACCACAGUUGAUUUUUUUACAACAAUUAUACUGACUUUUUGAGGAAGACGGAAUUGUUAAGACAUCUCUGGUAGUAAACAUAAACAUCUCUGGUAAAGUGCAUAUAUUCAUAUUAAAUUCCCAUUCAUUUGA